GUAAUGGCGCAACUCAUGAAACGCGGAUUCUCCACGAGCGCUGCUCUCGCUAAGGCUCAGCUGGUGAAGACCCCGAUUCAGGUUCAUGGAGUCGAGGGACGUUACGCCGCCGCUCUUUACUCAGCCGGACACAAACAGAACAAGCUCGACCAGAUUUCCACAGAUCUGAACAAUGUUCGCUCCGUGUACAAGGACAACAAGAAGUUCCAAGAGUUCGUCCUCGACCCAACUCUCAAGGCCAACAAGAAGAAGACCGCCAUCGAGGCUAUCUCAACUAAAUUGGGGCUUACCAAAGAGACUGGAAACUUCCUUGGACUUUUGGCUGAGAACGGACGUCUGAACAAGCUCGAGUCAGUUGUUUCUUCAUUCGAAUCCAUCAUGCGCGCUCACCGUGGAGAACUUUUCGUUCAGGUCACCUCCGCCGAAGAAUUGAGCUCAUCAAACCAGAAGGCAUUGUCUGAUGCCCUUAGCAAGAUCGGAAAGUCUGGACAAAAGCUCACGGUGACUUAUGCCGUCAAGCCAUCGAUUCUUGGAGGACUUGUUGUCACUAUCGGAGACAAGUACGUCGAUCUGUCGAUCGCUUCCCGUGUCAAGAAAUACAAGGAUGCCCUUGCCACCGCCAUCUAAAUUUUUCCCAAAAAAUUUAGUUCCUCAUCCCGAUUUUCAAUCUGUGCUUCAAACCAGUUCCCUGCCUCAUCAUACCCAAUCAUUGAAGAUGGUGUUUUAAAGAGUUGUUUAGUAAUCGGUUUUAUGUAUUGUCUUCAUUUUCUAGUGGGUCAUAACAUCAGCAGUGUAAUUGUUUGUUCCAGAAUUUUAAGUUUCUUUAUUGUACUCUCAACAAAUAAAUAAAUAGAUCUGU